UAAAAAUAAUAACAAUGGAGCUCGAACUCCUAGGCCCUCUCUGCGAUUCUCUCUGCCUAAAAUUCGAUACUCAUCCUCAUCUUCCUUCUUGUGUCCUAAAAACUAGUAUACAGCUCUUCUAGUUGCUACUCAUAAGUUACCUAGGUUUUUGUUUCCACCAAUCAUGCAGCGACGAAUCUAUGAAUGUCCCUUUUGAUUUUCUUGAUUUAUUUUGAUUAGGUUUUAAAUUAGAAUGAGCUUAAUGGGGUCUGAGUCUUAAUUAUAAAGAGAAGACAAGUUGAUAUGCAAGGUUACUUCACUCUAUUUCAUUACUUUUCAAAUUUUAAUUUUCUGUUGGCUUCUUUUGGUUUCACUUGGAGUGUUUAAGCUGCUUUGGCUGCCUGUAUUUGAGUUUGUCCUCUUUGUUUGGGUAUGAAUUGUUUGAGUGUAUUUUUAAUUGUUUAAUUGUGAUAUGUUUAUUCGUUAAUUCAAAGUUUUAGGAGGAGCCAAAUCUUGGAAGAAAAUUGCUUUGUAUUGGAGAUGGGUUAAGAAAAAGAGAGCUCUAACCUGAGAAAACCUUGCACUUUUUCUUAUUUAUGCUUAAGUUGGCUAAGAAAACGAUCAGCUAGCUAAUUUGUGCUCUAGCUUAGAAACGUAUCCUAGCUUGAAAUGUUGAAACUAGAUUAGUAUGGUAUUAUCAAGUUCGGGGGUUAAUACUUUAAGGUUCCAAUCCUUAGCACCUUGCUCCCCUGCCAUCUUGAUAUGAACAAUGCCUCCAUCCAAACCAAUAGAAGAAAUUAAAGCACUACCCACAAAAUACAAAUCCCAGCCUAUUUCUCUUUGAGGUUCCUUCUCCAUCUUCAGAGCUAUUAAUCUGGAAUUUCUUUUUCAUUUCCCAGCAAUAAAUCAACCAUGAGAGGCUUAUAUGGUGGAGUUCAUGUUUGGGGCACAUGUUCAUUGACCGGAAAGUUUUGGGCAAGACACUUCUCGGCCAAGUUAUUUGUUGGAGGUCUAUCUUAUGAUACAAAUGAACCUGUUUUAAAGGCUGCCUUUGAGAAACAUGGGGAUAUACUAGAAGUUAAAGUAAUUUGUGACCACAAGAGUGGGAGAUCAAAGGGGUAUGGAUUUGUACACUUCACAUCUGAAGCUGCAGCCACCGAUGCUCUUAAAGAAAUAGAUGGUCAGUUACUGGAUGGGAGGAAUAUCCGGUUGCAAUUUGCACACGAGAGAUUACAGCAUGAAUUCAAGGUUGAUAUAUGAUUUAGUUUGUAGUGAUCCCUGCCCAAGGGAGGAGCACAAUUCUUUGAAAUAAAAUCAGAGCCAACAGAGAUAUGGGGAGAUGUGGAUACAGAUGGAACCUGCAUCAACAAACCCGAAAUGCAAAGCAGGAAGUGCAGAAAAACCAGAAAUGCAAAGCAGGGUGAACAAACCGCAGAAAACCAAAGAAAAACAAAAAGGCAGCCAAUACCGAAGAAAAGUGUUUAGGAAAUACAAAAGGAAACUACAGAAUGAGGGUUAACAGCCAUAUAGUUGAUAGGGAGCUGACUGUUAAGUGACUUCCAGAUGAGAUCUCCCUUAAGACCUUCUCUACCAACAUAGUGGCGACAUUAUUAGCAUUGUAGUUGAUAGCUCAGGGCACUUCGCAGAUUUUCCAAUGCUGCUAAUUGGAGUAUAUGAAGUGAUAUUGCUUGUUGCAUGCUUCCUCAAUCAAAGUUGCUGGUCUCUCUUUGUAUUUACCCGAAGAGUUCACAGCACAAAUGAUCACUUUGGAAAAUGAAGUUGUCAAAUUUAAUCAUAUUUUUGUAUGGAGGGCGUUUUCAGCACAAUUUUAAUAGUCCAGCUUCUUUCAUUUUUUUUAACGUGAUAAUUUCAGAUGUUCCAUGUUUACUUAUUCUUGCAAAAGUCCCCAAAAUGGACUGAAUUGUUUUGUUAAAUUGUUUGAGGAUUAUAUCACAACUGGUAGCGGAAAACACAACUAGUUUUAUCAAAAAUGGGAGACUUGUGCUCAAAAUUUAUGAAUGAAAGAGGCAAAAGAACAGAUCUCAGCAAAAGGGGAAGCACCAUAUAACAUCUUGAAAUCUUAAAAAUCGAUUUUAAGGGUUCUCAACAGAUGAAAAUCGUUUUAACAGUGUGAUGGUCAAAUAAGGGCUGGUUGGGACGAAGUUUUAAAGCUGUUUACUUUCUAAAUUUCACAGCAUGGCGCCAACAAGUGGGCAAAUGCUUUAAAACAAAACAUAAUUUAUUUGUUGACCCGCCAAAAAGACAACAUUCAAGAUUCAGAUCUACAGAGACAAUAUUCAAGCUAUGAACCGAAAACAAUCUCCAGCAAAAAAAAAAAAUUGCUAUUUGAGAGAUAUAAAGAACUUGAAUUAGAACAAUACUACUUGAGUAGGCCACAUCACGUACCAUUUAAAUUAAUUAUAAAGUACCGUUUCAAAGAAAACCCUAAUUAAUUAGUAAACAUGAGAAAUAAAAACAUGUGAAACUGUGAAGCAUUGUCUAUUAACUUCUAGAUUAAAGAUACAUUGGGAUCAAAAAGAUCCAGAUGAACACACAAACCAGCGAAAGUAAAGGAACACAAUACAUAUGAACAUCUUAUAUCAUCCUACCACUUUCAAGAUAAGGAAAACUACAAGAACAAGACAGCUAAUUUAAGAACUGGUAAAUUUGGUAACAGCCUUAGUUCCUUCUGAAACAGCGUGUUUGGCCAACUCGCCGGGGAGCACAAGCCUCACGGCAGUCUGGAUCUCCCGAGAUGUGAUCGUCGGCUUCUUGUUGUACCUAGCGAGUUUUGAGGCCUCUUGUGCAAGCUUCUCGAAGAUAUCAUUGAUGAAGGAGUUCAUGAUGCCCAUCGCCUUGCUUGAGAUACCGAUAUCUGGGUGAACCUGUUUCAGAACUUUGAAGAUGUAAAUCUUGUAGGUCUCGACAUUCUUCUUCGUUCUCUUCUUCUUCUUGUCACCGGCAGCGGCGCCCUCCUUGGGGAGUUUCUUUCCAGCCUUUGGCUUCUUCUCGGCUGGAGCCUUCUCGGCGACGGUGGACUUCUUCUCCUCCGCUGGCUUCUUCUCAGCGGCGGGCUUCUUCUCUGCCUUUGGCGCCAUCGAAAUCUAGGGUUUGCAAAAGACGAAAAUAGGAGUUUCGAAUUUGCAGAUGAGCGAGAGUAAACAAGAAAGGUUUAAAAUUAU